AUGGAGCUGAACACUAGAAGCAGCAAGGGCAAGGCCAAAGCCAUGGCCAAGAUCCUGGAAGAAGAAGAGGAGGAGGAGGAGGAGGAGGAAGAGGAAGAUGACGACUUCUUCAGCUCAAGCGGCUGCGGGUGCUUCCUCUGCGCCAUCAAAGAGCCGGACGCACGGCUCCGCCGGGCCAGCCUCUCCGCCUUCUUCAGGGAGCUACCAUACUGCGAGGAUGACGGCGGCACCGGCGGCGGCAGUAAUGGCCAGUCGUGUGCCGCGGCGGUUGGCGCCGUGUGGCGGGCAGCCAUGUCCGCGCCCGAUGACCCCGAGCUCCCCUCGCUCGGCGCGAUCCGGUGCAUGUCCCUUCUCCUCGCCCGCGCGCUCGCUGACGCGGCGUGGCUCCGUCGCGGCGACAACGUGUACGUGCCGUACUACGCCGCUCAUGUCAUCGGCUCGUACACCAUCCGCUCCUCCGCGCACGCCGAGCUGGCCGUCGCGGCCGGGGCCGUGCGCCCCCUGCUGGCCCUACUCGGCGGAGCCAUGACGUGGGUCGAGCAGCGCGCGGCGGCGCGAGCCCUGGGCCACCUCGCCAGCUACGAGCCCACGUUCCCGGCCGUCGCGCGCCACGCCGCCGAGGCAGUGCAGCUCGCCGUGCGUUCCGCGUCCACUUGCAUCGGCGACGUCUACGCCAACUUCGUAGCGCUGGCACCGAGCAGGCGGCCGAAGUACCAGCGCGACCUCAUGACGUGUGGGCUUGGCGGCGGCGCCGACGCCGAGGACAGGAAGGCGGAGGAAUGGGCGAGCCAGCUCCAGUGCUGGUCGCUCUACCUACUGAGCUGCCUCGCCUCCAGGGACCUGUCAUCUCAUGCCAUGAUAUGCCAGGACGCCUUGUUCUUGAGCGAGCUGUCCCGGAUGUGGGGCGGACUGGCGAACGGCGACUCGCCCGCCGGCGUCGGGUUGCUGCGUCUCCUCUGUAGGAGCCCAGUCGGCCGCGCCGCCAUCAUUGCGUGCCGCGAUGCGCUGUCCAGUCUUUGUGACCUCGCGCGCUCGUCCGAUGACUGGCAGUACAUGGCCGUAGAUUGUUUGCUCCUCCUCCUCGACGACCGCGCCCAAUGGCACGCCGUUGCUGAUGCCACGGCGCUGUGCCUCUCUGACUUGGUCGAUCUCCGGCACCUCGGUCCAAGGCGACGACUCGGCGACGCCAUUGCAACUGCACUGCUCCUUGAUGACAGCCAUGUCGUCGGUGACCGUGAACUAGGCGGGGAAGCAAAAAGGGCGACCGCCAGCGUGAGAGAGCUGAAGGGAGAGAGGAAGGAGAGAGAGGAAGCAAUGCCUAGGGAUGAGUUGCUGAAGAGAGAGAUCUUAGCCAAGGAGAAGAAGAGGCAAGGCAACGAUAGCUUCAUGCAUGGCGACGUGGACAAGGCCAUUGAUCACUACACCGAAGCUUUGGAGCUGUGCCCUCUGAGCAGGAGGAGGGAGCGGCUGGUGCUGCACAGCAACCGCGCCCAGUGCCGGCUCGCGCGGCGCGAGGCCGACGCGGCGGUGAGCGACGCGACACGCGCGCUCGCGCUGGCGCGGCCGGCGAACGCUCAUGCCAGGAGCCUGUGGCGCCGCGCGCAGGCGUAUGACAUGAAGGGCAUGGCCAGGGAGAGCCUCCUGGACUGCCUGGCCUUCGCCGGAGCGUGGCUCGACGGCCGGAAGCACCAUCGGAGGGCGGCGCGCGGCGCGAACCCGAAGCUGCCGUACUGCGUCGCUCGGAUGAUCAGCAAGCAGAUGAGCGUGACGGGUCUGUUCGCCGGUGUGACGAUGAAGGACAACAAGGUGGGGAGUGAUGAUUUCAUGCCACGGUGCAGCGAAAACAACGACGGGGACGAUGAGGACGACGAAGAUAAUGAUCCGGAUGAUGACGACGAAAGCGAGGAGGAAUUUGCUGAUAAAGCUGGUUUGAAGAUGUGCACGUCAGGAAGAGAGUUGCCAAUCAUCACGGGAGAUGCUUGGACGAGGCUGUCCCGGAGGACAUAA